AUGUCGGAUGAAGAGCUCCUGGAAGCCAUCACUAAAGUAUUGGGAACUAUUGCUGCCUACCUGAGGCGUCUGAUGGGCGUGGUCAACCCUCCGCCGCCCACGACCACGCCCACAACCACGACCACGCCCACAACCACGACCACGCCCACAACCACGACCACGCCCACGACCACGCCCACGACCACGAAGACAAGCUCAAAUUACACCGAGAAUUCCACAAGUUUUAAUGAUGAUAAACCUGCUGACUCAUCCACUGACUCAUCCAAUGAUAAACCUGCUGACUCAUCCACUGAUAAACCUGCUGACUCAUCCACCGAGUCAUCCACUGACUCAUCCAAUGAUAAACCUACUGACUCAUCCACUGACCCAUCCAAUGAUAAACCUGCUGACUCAUCCACUGAUAAACCUGCUGACUCAUCCACUGACUCAUCCACUGAUAAACCUGCUGACUCAUCCACCGAGUCAUCCACUGACUCAUCCAAUGAUAAACCUGCUGACUCAUCCACUGAUAAACCUGCUGCCUCAUCCACCGAUAAACCUGCUGACUCAUCCACCGAUAAACCUGCUGACCUGUCCACCGAUGAUAAACCUGCUGACCAUCCACUGAUAAACCCUGCUGACUCAUCCAUCGAUAAACCUCCAAUGAUAAACUUGCUGACUGACUCAUCCAAUGAUAAACCAGCUGACUCAUCCAUUGAUAAACCUGUUGACUCAUCCACUGACUCAUCCAAUGAUAAACCAGCUGACUCAUCCAUUGAUAAACCUGUUGACUCAUCCACCGACUCGUCCAUUGAUAAACCUGCUGACUCAUCCAAUGAUAAACCUGCUGACUCAUCCAUUGAUAAACCUGCUGACUUAUCCAUUGAUAAACCUGCUGACUCAUCCAAUGAUAAACUUGCUGACUCAUUCAAUGAUAAACCUGUUGACUCAUCCACUGACUCAUCCAAUGAUAAACCUGCUGACUCAUUCAUUGAUAAACCUGCUGACUCAUCCAAUGAUAAACCUGCUGACUCAUCCAAUGAUAAUCAAGCUGACCCAUCCACUGACUCAUCCAAUGAUAAUCAAGCUGACUCAUCCACUGACUCGUCCAAUGAUAAACCUGCUGACUCAUCCACCGACUCGUCCAAUGAUAAACCUGCUGACUCAUCCAUUGAUAAACCUGCUGACUCAUCCAAUAGUAAACAAGCUGACUCAUCCAGUGAUAAUCAAGCUGACCCAUCCACUGACUCAUCCAAUGAUAAACAAGCUGACUCAUUCACUGAGUCGUCCAAUGAUAAACCUGCAGACUCAUCCACCGACUCAUCCACCGACUCAUCCAAUGAUAAACCUGCUGACUCAUCCACCGACUCGUCCAAUGAUAAUCAAGCUGAUCUCCAUUCACUGACCUGCUGGACUCAUCCAAUAGUAAACAAGCUGACUCAUCCAAUGAUAAACCUGCUGGACUCAUCCACCGACUCAUCCAAUGAUAAACCUGCUGACUCAUCCAAUAGAAAAGUGCUGGACUCAAAUGCUGUUAACAAAGGUUCGUCCACACAAGUUGAUUCAUCUGAUUCACAAGUUGAUUCACAAGUUGAUUCAGAAGUUGAUUCAUCUGAUUCAGAAGUUGAUUCAUCUGAUUCAGAAGUUGAUUCAUCUGAUUCAGAAGUUGAUUCAUCUGAUUCUAUAGUUGAUUCAUCUGAUUCACAAGAUGAUUCACAAGUUGAUUCACCUGAUUCACCCGUUGAGUCUUAUGAUUCAGACGCCGAAUUAAUUGGAGAUUCGGUCAAUAUUUCACCCCAAAAAUUAUCGAAUCAAAGAAUCCAAUUUAUACCGAGAGAUUCGACUCGGUUCAGACCACAAGCGAAGUCCACAAGAGAAUCACAAGAGGAGGAGACGAUAACAAGAAGAGUGGAGAGUGAAGGAAGAAUGAAAGAAGAAAAUGAAAAAAGGAUGAAAGAAGAAGAGGAUAAUGAAGAAAGAAUUGGGGAAGGAAUGAAGCAAAUGACUAGAAAUGGAAAAAAGUCAACAACAGGAAACAAACACGGGGGUAAGGAGUCGCCUAGAGGUGCACCAUCACAACACGGGGAUAAUGAUGUUUUGGACACUAACCGACGCAUUCCAAGGUCACCCAAGCUACUAGACAAUGACACUACUUCUACCCCAACAACUAAUACUACCACUACCCCUACUACCACUACUACCACCACUACCCCUACUACCACUACUACCACUACUACCACUACUACUAACAGCUUAUGUACGUCAAGAAAUUCCCAAGUCGAGGAAGAAACUUGCAAACGCCUGACAGAUGUAUUGAAAAGCAUACAAGAAGCGUCCCAAGAGGUGGUCGAGGGUCAGGUAUCUCAAGUCCUCCUCGAGAAGUUGAACACGGGGUCUGAGGAGUUGGAGGAGGUGGUACUCAAGGUGGAGGAUGACCAGCUUUUCCUCGAGGAUAACAUCAAUAAAGACACCCUUGGGCAAAGUCUUCAAGGUUUAGAGAAGAUAGUGUUGGAGGCGCAAGAGGUCACAACAACUAACUUGACCUCCAUACAGAGAGCUGACCUCAUCUUAAUUGUGGCACUGGCGGUGGUUGGUGGUGUUGUGGUGUUGGCACUCACCAUAACCUUCUGUCUGGUCAUACACAAGAAGAAAAUCAUCAACAGAAAUAUAAAUAAUAACAAGGAAACGUUCGUAGAAGGAGUAACAAUUCGUAAUCAACCAUCCCACGAACGACCAUCCAUCCCACGUGUUCGUUGUCCCUUCGACGUGUACGACCACCGUCCGUCACACGAUACGACCAGCCUGCCAAGGGAUAUACGUCAUUAUAAAGUUCAACAAGAAUCUCGUAAUUUAUCUGAUUAUGGUGGUCGUGAUGGUCGUCGCGUGUGGUCGUUCUCCUUAGGUGGUGACGACCCUGAAGGUAGUAUAGGUGGUGGUCGUGAGGGUCGUCGUGUAUGGUCGUCACAAGGUGGAGACGACCAUGAAGGUAGUACUGGUGGUCGUGGUGGUCGUCGUGUAUGGUCGUCACUAGCUGCAGACGACCAUGAAGGUAGUACUGGUGGUCGUGAGGGUACGUGGUCGUCGUCAAUUGCUGGGGACGACGACCCGUACGACCUGGGGUACCGUGGAGGACAGAGGGUGAAGCUGGCAAAGGGAAGAGGCUUGAGAAGAACAGAUCCUUGAAUAUCACUGGAAAUAAUCUCUAGGUUAAGAAAUAAUGUCUAGGGAAAUAAUGUCUACCUAGGGAAAUAAUCAAUAACUUGGGAAAUAAUGUCUGCCUAGGGAAAUAAUGUCUGCCUAGGGAAAUAAUGUCUACCUAGGGAAAUAAUCAAUAACUUGGGAAAUAAUGUCUGCCUAGGGAAAUAAUGUCUAUCUAGGGAAAUUAUGUCUACCUUGGGAAAUAAUGUCUGCCUAGGGAAAUAAUGUCUACCUAGGGAAAUUAUGUCUACCUAGGGAAAUUAUGUCUACCUAGGGAAUUUAUGUCUACCUAGGGAAAUAAUCAA